GCUGACUUGUGAUCGCCAUGGAAGCGUACCCGUCGGAGCUGCGCGAGGUCCCUUGCCCGCUCGUGGCUGCGCUCGGGCCCAAGGACAUCCAGACGCGCAUCCUCCCGGUGCUGCGCUCGGUCAAUGACGAGUUCAUUCCGCGCAUUCACUUGACAAGCGCCAGCUACGAGCACCGCUUUGUGUUCCCGGCCAAGAAGGAAAAGACCGAGAUGGCCAAGGCGCCGGCCAAGACUGGUAUCCUCAAGACGCGCUGGCUCAAGAAGCACCACGAGCUGCUGCCGUCGCUUGUCCUCCUCUUCUACGCGUUCGAGCCGCGCCUCGCGCAGCGCGACUGGGCGAUCCAAGAAACCGUCAUCCGCGACGAAGUCGAGGAUCUUCGGCGCAACCUCGCGGGCCGCGACUGCAAGAUCUUGCUAGUGCUCGUGCAGCUGCUCGACGAUGGCCCGCCGUCGAACGGCGGCAACGCGGACGAGCGGCUCGCGAGCCUCCGGAAGCGCGCCGAGCUCGACUCGAAGAGCGUGUAUCUGCUGAAAGAGGCAAGUCGCACGUCGCCCAUGAUCAUCAAGCUCGAGCGCGCGAUCCGCGAGCAUGCGAUCGAGUACUACAAGACGCAGGCCAAGCGCGUCAAGAAGGCCAAGAAGCCGUCGCGCGCGAUCGCGGUCCGCCAUGGCUUCAAGGUCGGACACUACUACGAGUUCCGCCGCCAUACCGCCAAGAUGCUACAGCACUACGAAGGCGCGUACAAGGCACUGCUCGCGAUGCCCAUGACGAGCAACGACGCCGAGCCCGACGCGCACACGCAGAUCAAGGCGGUCGCUGAGUUUCUCCACUUCAAGCUCGUGUACCACCACAUCUUUUCGUCGCACAACCUCAAGCUCGCGAUCGACCAGCUCCAGCGACACAUGAAGGCCUUUAGCCGCGCAGUGGGCCCGCUCGACCGCGCGUACGAGCACUGGGCGUGGGUCUCGCGGCAGUACCACGUGUUUGGCCAGCUCCUCUUGGAGGCGCAGUCGCUCAAGCUUUCGUCGGCCGGCGUCGAGUCGGACCUGUACAAGGAACCGUACCUCUACUUUAGCGCGGCCGCCAAGUACGCGACGUGGCGCCGCAAGGCUGCGGCCAAGCUCGGCGUGAGCUUUGACCCGUCGGCGACUACCGACGGCGUCGUUGUGACCCCCUCCGCCUUUGUGGGCGGCGACCCGAGUUUGGCCAGCAGCGGUCCGACUUUGCCCGAGUGGCGCGCGCGGCUGGAAACGUGUGUACCGCAAGCUCACCUCGGGAUCCGCCUCUUGGAGCUAGCGACGCAGUACCUCGUGCACUACCAGAGCAACCACAUGCCUCGGCACCGGCUCAAGAACCGAUUCUUGCUGCGGUUGGGCAUCGAGCGGCUCGCGGCCAACGACUAUCCGCAAGCACGCAUCGAUUUGAGCCGGGCUAAAGUCGCGUACAGCCAAGAGCGCUGGUGGGCGCAGGUCUCGCAGGUACUCAAGCAACUCCUCCUCUGCGCGUUCUACCAGCGCGACACGCUCGCGUAUCUCGACUGCACGCUGCAGCUGCUCUCGCCCAAAGUCGAAGAGUUUGUGCCGCACGCCGAGCGGCUCACGCUCCAAGACGGGUUUGUCCACGCGUGGAUGACGCCCAACGACGACGAGGUGCUACCCGAACCGUCCUACGAACUCGCGCUCGACCGGGCACGACCCGUCAUCUACUGCGGCGUCGAAUUUGCCAGCGCCGAGGCGUAUGUCUGUGACAGUAUGACGCUGACAUUGACGCUCGAGUCGUCGUUGCCGGCACCGCUGACGAUGACCAAGAUCGCGGUCGUCUUUAGCGACGAUCGGUACGACCAGAUGCUGGUCCACGGCGACCAAUGCGACUUGACGCUGCCGUCCAAAGCGCCGACGACCUUGUCGCUCACCAUGACGCUCCUCCCGGACGGCGCGUCCAUGCUGCAGUGCCACGAAGUACGUUUCGUGCUCGAGAACCCACGCGGCCAGAGCUUGAUCUUGGUCGCGCGGACGUCGCGGCCGAACGUGCACAUCCUCAAGCGCCGCAACAGCCUCGUCGCGUGGGACGGCGUCGUGCCCGGCAUGGGCAUGGGCGCCGGGUCGCCGAGCUUCCAGCGCUCGAAAGCCACCGAGUUGCUGUACGACGAGCCGGACGACGUUGGCGACGUCGGUAGUUUUGUGACGAUUCUGCAGCCGCGCGCCCACGCGCGUCUCGAUCUCGCACCCAACUCGCCGACGCACGUGCUCGUCGACGACCUUACGACGGUUGCGCUCAUCUUGUCGUCGCUCGACGAUGUCGUGGACACCGCGACGUACAAGAUUGUGUGUGAACCAUCGGUCGCCACGCUUCUCGAUGCGCAUUUGCUCUACGACGCGACGACCAAGGAGCCGCUGGCACUCGACGACGUUGGCCAGCCGACAAGUGUCUUGUCCCUUGCGUCGAUGGCGCCGCAGACGACGCAGACGCUGCAAGUCGGGCUCAAGUGCGCCGUGCCGUGCUCGCUCCAAGUGCACAUCACGGUCCAGUACACGACGGCGGUCGGCGUGACUGUGACGCUUGACGCGAGCUUUGCGUUCAACUGCAAGGCGCCACUGCAACUGACCGCGCUCGUGCACGCACCGUUUCCAACAACCGCGCGGCUGGCGCCGUCCGUCGCGACCGUCGGGCGGCCCGUGCACUUGUACGCGACCCUCUCGAGCGUGGCGCAGAUGCCGCUCGAGAUUCUCUCGGUCGACGCGUCGAUGGCCGACGUCGUUGUUGUCGAAAGCCUUGUCGGUGGCGUCACGACCGGCUUUGAGCUUGGCGACGGAGACCAGCACAGCCUUGUUUUGCGGCUCGUGCCCCGCGCGAUGCUGGCGCAAACGAGCGUCGGGUGCGUCCGCGUCCGAUGGCGUCGGGCAACCGGUGACGUGGUCGUGUCGACGCUGCCGUUACCGCCAAUGACGUUUGUCGUCGCGCCAGUGAGCGUCGACGUCGAUGUCCCGUCGUUUGGCCGCGAAGGGCACCUGGCCCCGCUGCGUCUGCAUACGACCAACCACACCACCGGCGUGCUCAAGGUCCAAGUGAAGCUCUCGAACGACUCGGACUUCCUCGUCUCGGGUGUGACGGAGUGCUCGGAGGACGUCUUGCCGGGCGAAGUGCUCACAUCCACUUUUGGCUUGAUCCCGAUGCAGUCGGGACAUCUCAAGCUACCCAAGAUGGAAGUGCUGCACGUCGAUGCCAACGAGUGGAUCGUGUCGGUGGACGAGCGCACCGAGCUCUACGUCGUACCCGCCAACUACACUGCCGAGAUUACUGCCUAGUGGAAUGGAUUCUGCAAGUAUCUCGCCGUAAUUAUAAACGCGAUAUUGUCUGUGUACUUGUGGA